CUCCGCAAACCACUGCAUCCGCACCUCUCGAGCCCAUCAAGCCAUAAUGAGCUCCUCUGUAGAACGGGACAACCCACCUCCACGGCGCAAGUCCUGCGAAGCGUGUAGAGCAGCGAAGCGCCGCUGCGACCUGGCCCUCCCGGCCUGUUUCCGCUGCACGCGACGAAAUGUGGCCUGCGUGUACCCAGGCUUGCCAGCCCCGGACCUCAUGCCGGAGCUGCUGGCCCUGUUUAAUCAGCCCGACGUGCCUGAGCCCCGCAUGACGCAGUUUACCCUCGGCACCACGCCCACAUUCGAUCCUGUCCUGCUUGAAACGCCCCCGCCGUCGAUCCACCAACCCUCGCCUUCGCCUCUGGAGAAUCGGCCACAGGAGAGCCCUAUCUCGGUCACACACUCGCAUAGCUUCGAGAUAACGCAUGUUCGGACCAGAGCUCAUGCUCCGCUCUCUGAAAUCAUGGCCUCGCGGUUCCAGUAUGCUCUCGAUACGCUCAGCGACACCCCGCGGAUGAUGGUCGCCGAGAACCAGACGCCGUGGAGCCAUCGAGAGCUAUACAGUGAUGGCAUGCCAAAGGUCAUGCAAGACGCCUACGCCUGCUGCGCCCUGUACAUCACCAAAAACCCCAUCAACGGCCCUGUCAUCACCUCCCACAUCCACACCCGCCACCAGGAACUCAUCCUCACCCCCUUACCAACCUCAACCCCCGACCUUCUCGCCCACACACACGCCCUACUGAUCUACCGCAUCAUGCACAUCUUCGACCCCGACCUGCACAACGCCCUAACCACAUCCCCCUUUGAGUGCCUCAGCAUCUCCGCCCUCGAAUCCGCCGCCGUCCUCCUCUUCAGCAGCACGCACUUCCCACCAGAGUCCGACCCAUCAGACAGACUAAUGAACAACACCCCGCUCCUCCCCUCCACCCUCGAAUCAACCAUGCACUUUUGGAAACUCUGGAUCGUCGAAGAGUCCGCGCGCCGCACGAUCCUCUUCACCUUUUACUUUCUCCAGAUCGUGCGGCUUCUCCGCGGGGAGCGCAAUCUGCACUGUGAUGGGAAACUGGGGCUGCUGCACGCGUGGUACGCUUCUGCGUAUCUGUGGGGGGCACAGUCGGCGCUGGACUUUGCGGUUGCGUGGGCGGAGCGCGAGCAUUUUAUUGUGCGGAAUGUUAACUUUACAAAAGUGUUGAGUGAGGCGCAGCCCGGGGAUGUGGAUUGUUUUGGGAGGAUGUUGCUGGUGACGAGUCAGGGGAUGGAGAAUAUACGGGAGUGGUUUAGUGCGCGGGGGAGCAUACUGUAACCUUUUUCGUCUUGAUAUGAGUUUGAGGCAUAGUUCAUGGAGUCUACGCGUGUCUGUUGAAGUAAUAGUGUAGAAGUAGUCAGAAUCUACACACGUAUAUGCUUACCUCACC